GCGCAGCCCUCGGACGGUCCGCGCAGACCCGGCCGGCGCGCCAUGAUCGCCUCGCACUUGCUGGCGUACUACUUCGCCCAGCUCAGCCACAACAAGGUCCAGCGGAUUGACAAGUACCUCUAUCAUAUGCGGCUUUCAGAUGACACCCUACAGGAAAUCUCGAAUCGGUUCCGGAAGGACAUGGAAAAGGGCCUUGCGGCAGACACCAACCCAACUGCUGCUGUCAAAAUGCUGCCCACAUACGUGCGUUCCACCCCUGAUGGGACAGAGGAAGGAGAUUUCUUGGCCUUGGACCUUGGAGGCACGAAUUUCCGGGUGCUGCGAGUCAAGGUGUCUGAUAAUGGCAGCAAGAAAGUAGAAAUGGAGAACCGGAUCUACACAAUUCCCGAGGAGCUUAUGAGGGGCAGCGGCGUGCAGCUCUUUGACCACAUUGCCGAAUGCUUGGCCAACUUCAUGGACCAGCUGCAGAUGAAGGACAAGAAGCUCCCACUGGGCUUCACCUUCUCCUUCCCCUGCUCCCAGAGCAAACUGGAUGAGAGCACCCUUAUUACGUGGACCAAAGGAUUCAAGUGCAGUGGCGUGGAAGGGAGAGACGUGGUUUCCCUGCUACGGCAAGCGAUUAAAAGACGAGGGGACUUUGACAUCGAUGUCGUUGCUGUGGUGAAUGACACUGUUGGGACCAUGAUGGCCUGUGGCUACGAUGAUCACAACUGUGAAGUCGGGCUCAUUGUCGGCACGGGUUCCAAUGCUUGCUACAUGGAGGAGAUGCGCCAUAUUGACCUCGUGGAGGGUGACGAGGGGCGCAUGUGCAUCAACAUGGAGUGGGGGGCGUUUGGAGACGAUGGGUCCCUCAACGAUAUCCGGACGGAGUUUGACAAGGACAUCGACAUGGGAUCGCUCAACCAGGGCAAGCAGCUGUUUGAGAAGAUGAUCAGCGGGAUGUACAUGGGCGAGCUGGUCAGACUCAUCCUGGUGAAGAUGGCCAAGGAAGAGCUCCUGUUCAACGGGAGGCUCACCACUGACUUGCUGACCACGGGGCACUUCGAGACCAAAUACGUGUCUGCCAUUGAAAAGGAGACGGAGGGCCUCUCUAAGGCCAGGGAGAUCCUGGAGAAACUGGGCCUGGAGCCCUCGGACGAAGACUGCGUGGCCACCCAGCGCAUCUGCGAGAUCGUCUCCACCCGCUCGGCAAACCUCUGCGGUGCUGCGCUGGCGGCCGUGCUGCGCCGCAUCAAGGAGAACAAGGGCCUCGACCGGCUGCGCUCCACCGUCGGGGUGGACGGCACCGUGUACAAGAAGCACCCACACUUCGCCCGCCGCCUCCACAAGACGGUGCGCCGGCUCGUGCCCGACUGCGACGUCCGGUUCAUCCGCUCGGAGGACGGGAGCGGCAAGGGGGCCGCCAUGGUCACGGCAGUGGCCUACCGGCUGGCCGCCCAGCACAAGGCCCGGCAGAAGAUCCUGGAGCCGCUCCGGCUCAGCGCCAAGCAGCUGCUGGAGGUCAAGCAGAGGAUGCGGCAGGAGAUGGGGCGGGGGCUGGCGCGGGAGACCCACCGCCAGGCCACCGUGAGGAUGCUGCCCACCUACGUGUGCUCCACCCCCGACGGGACAGAAAAAGGGGAUUUCUUGGCCUUGGACCUCGGGGGCACCAACUUCCGGGUGCUGCUCGUGCGCAUACGCAGUGGGUUGCGACGCAGCGUGGAGAUGCACAACAAGAUCUACUCGAUCCCCCAGGAAAUCAUGCAGGGGACAGGAGACGAGCUCUUCGAUCACAUCGUCCACUGCAUUUCCGACUUCUUGGAAUACAUGGGAAUGAAAGGGGUGUCGCUCCCUCUUGGAUUCACCUUCUCCUUCCCUUGUCAGCAAAACAGCCUGGACGAGGGCAUCCUGGUACAGUGGACCAAAGGCUUCAACGCUACUGGCUGCGAAGGAGAGGAUGUGGUGGGCCUGCUGAAAGAGGCCAUUCGCAGGAGAGAGGAGUUUGACCUGGACGUGGUUGCCAUUGUGAACGACACCGUGGGCACCAUGAUGACUUGCGGGUACGAGGAUCCAUUCUGCGAAGUUGGGCUCAUUGUGGGGACAGGCAGCAACGCCUGCUACAUGGAGGAGAUGAGGAACGUGGAGCUGGUGGCGGGCGAGGAGGGCCGCAUGUGCAUCAACAUGGAGUGGGGGGCCUUCGGCGACAACGGCUGCUUGGACGACUUCCGGACGGAGUUCGAUGCCGUGGUGGAUGAAAAUUCUCUCAACCCCGGGAGACAAAGGUUUGAGAAGAUGAUCAGCGGGAUGUACCUGGGAGAGAUCGUGCGGAACAUCCUGAUCGAUUUCACCAAGCGCGGGCUGCUCUUCCGUGGGCGCAUCUCCGAGCGGCUGAAGACGAAGGGGAUUUUCGAGACAAAGUUCCUUUCCCAGAUUGAGAGCGACCGCCUCGCCCUGCUCCAGGUGCGAUCCAUCUUGCAGCACCUGGGCCUGGACAGCACGUGCGACGACAGCAUCAUCGUGAAGGAGGUGUGCACCGUGAUCGCCCGGCGUGCCGCCCAGCUCUGCGGAGCGGGGAUGGCGGCCGUGGUGGACAAGAUCCGGGAAAACCGCGGACUGGACUUCUUCAAGGUCACCGUUGGUGUGGACGGCACCCUCUACAAGCUGCACCCACACUUCUCCACCAUAAUGAACGAAACCGUGAAGCAACUUUCGCCCAAGUGUGAGGUGACCUUCCUGCAGUCCGAAGACGGCAGUGGCAAAGGCGCAGCGCUCAUCACCGCCGUGGCGUGCCGGAUCCGGGAGGCUGGCCAGCACUAAAGGGCUGGUCCCGAGAAGCUGGAGCCCUGGAUUUGUUCCCCUCCCCUUGGGCCAUGAGUCACCACAGGCUGCCUCCCACUCUCCUCCUCCUCUGGGAUGCGGUCGCCGAGACCACGGCGUUCCUUUAACCCUCCGGCAUGCCUACAUGUGCCAAUCGAGGCACGAAAGCUCACUGCGGUGUCCUCGGUGCCCCUUUCCCCUCCGGUUCCAAGCCGAUUUCUCUCCUGCCCCUCCGGGGCUGCUGGGCCUCGUGCGGCGGUGGCGGCAGCAAGCACGCCCUCUGUCCCUUGGCACCCAGCAGGCACUGCCUUUGUCUUCUCUCCAAACCUUCGUGUUAGCACAAGCAGAAAAAUGCAAACAAGGCAGACCUCUUUGAUGUCCAGGCGGCGUUGCUUCUUGAAAGAGCCCUGGCAAUUCCUUUCCAAAGCACAGGCCAUGCUUUUCUCAGGAUGCCCAGUGCUUGCAAAAGGGUGGCGGGGCUUGUGGCCAUUGAAAAGACCUGCAGAAGGCGUUCCCUCGCUUUAAGCAGGCACCUGGGAAUACUGGAGGCUCCGGAGAUGGUUCUGUCUUCCAGCUUGCCCUUCCUCUCUGGCGUUAGAUAUACCUCGCAGCUUUGUUGACUUAACAGUGUCUGUCUGUCCGGUAACCAACACUGCACUGCCCCGGGGUUUGCUGCUUCUGUAAAUAAGAGUCACCCCAAAGAUCUCCUCUUCCCCCAUUCACGAAGGCUUGCAACGUUUCUUUCUCAUGUUUGGGAGUUAAAUUAUUUUUCUGUCAGUGAAACUGCACCUUUGCUUUACCUCGCCUCGUAACUGGUGUGACCUCCUAUUUUUUGCAGACUCUGCAUCUGUUUCCUUAUAUCGUUUUGCAAAGAAAAGCAGGGAUUCUGCGUACAUCGUACUGUUAAUACUUGUGUGUGGGCAAAGAGAGGUGUGCUCUACAGUGGGGAACAGAGGCUGCAAACGGGAAGGAUGUCCAAGGAGGGGUAGUCAUUUCUGGACUGCUGAGGGGGAACUGGAACGUGCGAAAGCUCAGCUGUAGCAGAAGGCUGCUAACGGAUGCUUGCCACUAAGCUCUCAGCACCACGGCUGCAUUUGACCCCCUGCCGUUCGUUGCUGGUUCUUUUCAUCGGGACAGGUGGAAGGGCCAUUCCAGAGCACGCAGAGUGCAAAGCUCUGCUUUAAUCAAUGAGGAAAGUAUUCUUAACAUCCAUGGAACAAGAUAGGUUAGUAGGUAGGUAUUACACGAACAUGUCCUGGGAUGGAGGCUUUCUGAACUUUGUUUCUGCUGCAAAAGAAGCCUAUUUUGGUAAGAAUCUUCCAGAAACUCCAAACCGGUUUCACGUUUGGCCAUGCGCGUCUCCUGCUGAAAUUCGUUUUUUCUGCAGGAGCAGCAUUUGGGCCUGGCUAUUGUCUUCUCAGCCUCUCGUCCUGCACAAGUUCACAGGGAAACUUAAUCUUGGAGGAUACCAAGAGUUUAUAGCCAAAUGGGAAGUGAAGCACGUGGGCUGGCUGUAGAUUGUAGGUGCUCCAGAUUUCAUUUUAAACGAUUUCUGUAAAAUUGCUAAGUGGUAUCUAAGGACCACUGUUAGGGCCAUUUUCUUUGGCUCACAAAUCUGUUUGGUCAUUCCUGCAAAGAGGAAAUCGGUGAUGACUUUUCAUUAUGCCUUACCCCGAUGGAAAAUUGCUGCCAUGGGGAGAAAGGGCUGCUGCCAACUAACAAAUUUGUAUUAAAAUAAAGAACAAAUAUUUUAGGUAUAUAUUUAACUCAAGGCAGUGCCUGCCUGCAGCAAGCUUGAUGGAGCCUUCUUAGGCUGCUUGUUUGAAAAGAGGACCUUCCCCUCUAUUUUUGUAUCUGUAUAUCUAUAUAUUUAUAUGGCUUGAAGUACCUGAAGAACCAAAAAACUAUCUCUGGUAGGGAGGCAGAGAUUCAAAUUUAAAGCACAUUAUAUUUUUUUCUCUCCAUUUAACAUGUUGAGUGUUUGCAUAUUGUAUAAAUGCUUCCAAGUUGCCAUAAAGAUGAAUGGUCUGAACAUAAUGUGCACAAGGAUAGCAAAACGAGAACUUGAUCCUGUAACAAUCAUUUAGAGUAAUCCAUAUAUAUUUUUUUAUAAAAUUAAAAACAGACUAAUCCAAUAUUGAGCUAUUUUGUGCAUCUGUUUUACUAGAAGGGUAUCGACUUGCGAUGACUGAAUGUAGUCUUUGAUUCAUUGUAUUAUGAAGAAAGCAGUGAUUGUCUCUGUCUCUAAAAAGUUGAACAGAACAGGCUACCAAAAUUGUACCUUGUCUAGAAAUUGCACUGUCUGUCACUAGUGAACGUUGGUGAAUUCCAGAUUUUUAUUUUACAAUGUCUAUUAAACGGGAAGAGUGUAGCAA